GUUUGCCUCUCGAAGCAGUUGAAAUCUCUCCAUGUUCCUGGUCUGGGAAUGGAUGGGAGAUUUACACUAGCAACUUGGCUACUAGAAUUUGUUCAAAGGGUCCUUUGAAUUCGGUCUUACUUUUCCUCAUUCGUUUAUGCUCCUGAAUUACUGCUGCUCAGAUCUCGUGGCCUGCGAGUCUUUGCAAAAUGCUUUAAAGUAUUGAGAAGCGAAGAAAUUGAGUUAAUUUUCAGAGUUACAGCGGGAGUGUUUUGUUGAAAAAGCGACGGUUGAAGUCUGAAAAACUGAAACUUUGGGAGCUCCAUUGGUCGGUUGCAAAGGCCCCUGUUUGGAACCAUGCGUGGAACGGUACACCUCCGCGUGUCACUUAGAGCAUUGCGUGCUGGUCGAUCUUCUCUCCCGCCGCAGCAGCGUUCUCUGACAGUCUCCUACUUUCUGCCUUUUCACUGUCGAAGGCAAUUGUUGUUUUCGUCGUUCGCUGACUCGGGCCGUGUUUCGCUGUGUGCUAAAGCAUUAAAGACGACCACUUGGGGAUGUGGUGAUUCAAUGUCAGGUUCCGUAUCCGGAUUUAGAAGCGGAACUGGUUUGGGUUGCAGAGGGCUGCUGCAUUGGAGGAGAUCGAUGAGCUCGGAGCGCCCUUCAGAGAAAAAGAAUGAUGAUACUCAGAAGGCGAGCGAUUCAAAACCAAGCCUGGCAUCUCGACUUCCAAUUCCAGGUCGUGAGGAUAUCUAUACAAUCCCAAAUAUCCUGACGUUCACACGGCUUGUAGCUGCCCCUAUGGUUGGCUACUUUAUUCUGAAUUCGAACCACGUUAUGGCUCUAUCACUAUUUGCAUACGCAUCCAUAACCGACUUGGUUGAUGGAUAUAUUGCUCGAAGGUUCGGGCAGCAAACGGUUGUUGGAACCAUAAUUGACCCCAUGGCCGACAAGAUACUUAUGACUGUGGGAGUGAUUUGCCUUGCUAUAAAAUCGGCAAUUCCUGUCUGGCUUGCCGGUGUAAUCCUUGCGCGUGAUGUCGGACUUGCAAUCUCUGCCAUUUAUUACAGAUGGAUCUCGCUACCACCCCCGAAAACCAUGGCACGAUACUGGGAUUUUUCUCUGCCAUCUGCAGAGGUCAAACCAACUCGGAUCUCAAAGGUGAAUACUGCUUUGCAACUAUUGCUAAUUGGGGGAGCGAUGGCAAUGCCCGUUAUUCCCGAGGCCAUACUGAGUGCGUGGAAUUUGCAUGAAGGAAUGAUUGGAUUGCAGUACAUUGUUGCUCUCACAACCUGUUGGUCCGGGCUGGGCUACAUCUAUUCGAAAGAUGCUGUGAGGAUACUUUCUCGCGACAAAUCAAGGUAGGGGUGAUGUGAUCCUGCCCCGUAGGUGGUACUCCUCAUCUCACAAGCUGAGGUGGCUUGCUAGAGGCCGGAUAAAGCAUAAAAAGGGUGAAGUUAAAUUAUCAAAUUUUGCAGGACUUGGCAAAGCAACAUAGCGACACUUUCACAUUUCGUCAAUAGAUGGGGAGGAGUGGGCAUGCAGGCACUUUAGUAUCAGGCCCAUUUGGGCUGCGCAAAUGAGGAGGCACAGCAUGAAUUGAUAGGCUAGGUCAACUUUUACCUGGAACGCGGCCCACACUGUCACCUUAGAAUCUAGUAUC